AUGUUGCAGGAGAGUCUGAGUCGCCCGUCGAGUGUUUUCGAUAACGUCAUGGAGGACGAGGCCGAGAAGCAGGAGCCCUUCGUACACCCUCAGCUAGUGCGAUGGACAAACACAGUAGUACACAGUGUAGGCUGUAGGGGUCGCCGCGAGUUUGUCGAAACUCUGACAGAGCUCGUGAGGGUGUUUGACAAAGUGCGACAAGAGGCAGCCAGGAAGGGGAAUAGCAUAAACGGCAUCCUGGAAAAGUGCCAGUCGAUCAAUACACUGGAAAAUCAAGUUUCUGUUUUGCAGGGAAAACUGCUGGCAUGCGAUUGCAGCUAUCAGAAUUUGGCGAGAGUUAGCGGCGACGAUGUCAUACAUCACGAUAAAUUACGGGGCGACCGCCCAACAUCUGAAGCUUCUGUCUUCCAGAAUGGUGGGCGCGAGCAUGUCAAAGAGCCGGAGCCGAGGUCAGCGGUAGCGAGGUCGAACUGCUCACAUCGUGGCGUCCCGACGAAGGGAAAAGGUACGCUCAGUUCCUAUCCGGACAGUGAAGUGAGCGAGAGUGGAAGUACUGAGAGUUUGAGCCAAAGGUAUGGAGCGGUUGGGACUCCUCCGGGGGGUGGUGAUCCAUAG